AAAACGAAGUAAAAUGUUCAGUUCCUAGCCAAGGUUCGAAGCGUUCAGAUCGGUGCUAAAAUUGUAAAAUCUUUUUAAAUUUUUUACGAUGGAAAAUAAUCCGAUAGGAGAGUCUGUGAUUGAAUUUGAUUUGCACGAAAAUCCUGCUGCUAUGGAAGCUGAAAGUAUCGGGCAAUGUUUCGAGGAAAUCCCUAUAAGCAGCAAGGAUCCGGGAGUAGUUCUCGAUAGCAGUGCCUCUUCUUCGAGUUCUUCGGGAGUGUCUUCGGCCGAGGGUAAUGAUUCACUUGAGGAGAAGUUGGAACAGGAAGGCAUGAAAAUGGUACAAUUCACAGCCAAGAAAAAGCGUUUGCCUGGAAAAGUUCGCAAUCGCCAAAAGGAUCUCUAUUUGCGAAGGAAGCUUUCCCCCAAGAGUCCUCACAUGGCCAUCAACGAGUUGAAGGAAAUUACCAUUAAGGACUACAACGUGCGCAACGAAGGUAACAAAUUUAUUGCCAAGGCGAUUAUAAACUCCAAGCCUUAUGUGGUUGAGGCCGAUUCGAAGUCGGCAGCCGCGAAUCUUCUUUUCGAGAACGCUCUAAGGGAGUAUUAUGUGGCCAAGGCGGUGGCCAAUCCGAAGCCAGUUUCGCCGGACAAGAAUGAUGACCAUGAUGGCGAUUCCAACAAGCAUGAUGAGUUUCCUAUGAGAAACUUGGUGUCCUUGGCACUGUACAAGCUCUUCGCUGAAUGGACCAGCAAGGGCUAUGCCAUACCCGAACUGAAUCCUGGCGGCAGUAAGGAAGCAAAUGAGGAGCCGCAGGAAAAAAAAGUGCUCAAGAACUGGGCUGAUAAGCAUCCGGUUACCAUGCUAAACCAUCUUUUUCCCCUCGUUCACAUGAAUAGCGAGACCAGCAUCUCUCCGGACGGCGCCACCAUGGUCCACCAGAUGUCCUUGACCCUCAACGGAGCCAACUUCAAAGCCAGUGCUUCCAACAAGAAGUUGGCUAAGCGCCGUUUAGCCAUCCUGGUCUGUAACCAGUUGGCAGGCACUAAUUACACUGAGUAACAGCUUUGCAGGUCAUAGGACCGGAGGUCGCAGGUCAAAAUUUGACCUUGACAUAAUGGCCCGCUUCUGCACACAAAGCUGAAAAAUAAAAGCUCUCCAAUACAAAUCAA